GUCUGUCCUCAGAGGUACGAUGAUGAACUGCUGCGGUCUGCUAACUCUGGAGAAGGAACCAGUUCCUCUGAAGAGCAUUGAGGUGGAGCUGGAGGUGAGGGACCAUGUGGCUACAGUGGUCUCCACUCUGAACUACGAGAACAAGGAGGACAAACCAUUAGAGGCUGUUUUGUCUUCCCCUCUGCCUGGAGAUGCUGCUGUCUGUCAUUUCAGUGCUAAGAUUGGACAGACACAGAUUGUAGCUGAGGUGAAGGAGAAACAGGAGGCUCGUGAGGAGUAUGAUGAUGCUCUGAGCUGCGGUCAGCAGGCCUUCCUAUUGGAGGAGAGUGAGCAGAGUCCAGAUAUAUUCUCUCUGAGUGGCAGUCUGCCUCCAGGAGAGAGCGCCUCCAAGGUGGAGUACGUCACUGAGCUGGCUGUGCAGGCUGAUGAUGGGCUGAGGUUCUGUCUGCCUGCUGUGCUCAACCCUCGAUACCAACCUCAGGGUAGUGAAGGUGGCAGGUGUCCAUGGACUUCUGUUCCAGCCUCUCUGGUGCCCUACAGUCUGUCUUUCUCUGCACGAGUGUCCUCUCCUCGUCCAGUCUCUAAAGUAGAGUCCACUGCUUCCCUGGACCCUCUCCAGUACCUCAUCACUGAUCAAACCCAGGCCACGGUCAAGUUGGCUGCAGGACACAAGUUUGACAGAGAUGUUGAACUGCUGAUUUAUUACAAAGAUGCCCACCAGCCCACUGCUGUGGUGGAGGCAGGACAGGCCUCUGCUGAGUCAGGCACUCUGAUGGGUGAUCCAGUGGUGAUGGUGAGUCUGUACCCUGUCCCCCAGUCUGUGAUGUCUUCAUUGGCUUCAUGUGGAGAGUUUGUGUUCUUAGUGGAUCGAUCUGGAAGUAUGAGAUGUGCUAACGAUUACAGCAAGGAGCAGGAAAGUCGCAUCAGCAGUGCCAGGGAUACUCUGCUGCUCCUGUUGAAGAGUUUACCAAUGGGCUGCUAUUUCAAUAUUUACAGUUUUGGGUUCAGUUAUGAACACAUCUUCCCUAAGAGUGUGGAGUACAGCCAGCAGACCAUGAAGGAAGCUCUGAAGAAAGUUGAGCAGAUGGAGGCUGAUCUGGGUGGAACGGAGAUCCUGCAGCCCCUCAAACAUAUUUACAGCCAGCCCUGCAUUCCCAAUCAGCCUAGACAGCUGUUUGUCUUUACUGAUGGAGAGGUGGGGAACACCAAAGAAGUGAUAGAUCUGGUGAAGGAGAAUUCAGAUUCUCACAGGUGUUUCUCUUUUGGAUUGGGGGAAGGGGCCAGCUCUGCUCUCAUCAAUGGGAUGGCCAAAGAAGGAGGAGGUCACUCUCAGUUCAUCACAGGGACUGACAGGAUGCAACCAAAAGUGAUGCAGUCGCUGCAAUUUGCUCUGCAUCCGACUGGUGACAUCUCAGUCACAUGGGAUUUACCAAAGGAAGUGUCUGUCACUGUCCUCUCUCCACCAAUCACAGCUUUCCCAGGCCAGAGGUCACUGAUUUAUGCCCAGCUCACUGAACAGAGCUCAGAGGCAGCAGAGGGCUGUGUGACAGUGAAGUACAGCCUGGCAGGUCAUCCCUCUGAGAACCAGCUGCACUUCAGUCUCAAACCUGCAGCAGACACUGGAUUAACAGUCCACAGGUUGGGUGCUCGGACUCUUAUUCGCUCCCUGGAGAUGGAGGAGAGAGAGCACAGAGGACAGCAGGAUGGAGGAGUGAAGGAGAAGGUGGUGAAACUCAGUGUCCAAUCAGGAGUGAGCAGUUCUUUCACCGCCUUCAUUGCCGUCAACAAAGACAACAGCAAAGUGAUUCAAGGACCUCUUGUGCGCAGAAAUAUUCCAACACCCUGUUAUGCCUCCUUGAGAUACCCAAGAGAAGAGAAGCAGUCAGAGAUGGAGAAAAAGAGCAGAAGAGGAAUAAGAGAUGUUAAAUUUAAAGCUGCUGUGCCCGAUCAGCCUCCCAGAGACCCUUUGCUGCAGUUAGUCUCCCUCCAGGAGGCGUCUGGCUGCUGGCUGCUUGAUCCAGCUCUGGCUGCUGCACUGGGAAAGAGCAGCAAGGAGGUGGAAAAGUCAAAGCCUGCAAAGGCCAGCAGUGAAGUGUGGGCCACCAUUCUGGCUCUGAUCUGGCUUCAUGGUUUAAAGAUGGAUGCAAAGGACGAGUGGGAGCUUCUGGCUAUGAAGGCUACAUCAUGGCUCCGUGCUCAGAAUGCACCAUGUGUGACAGAGUGUGUGGAAGCUGGAAAUGUCCUGUUGGGCUGCAGCGUGAAGAAAGAAGCUCUGAGGCUCUGAGGGAUUUCUUAACGUGGCUUCACCUUCAGGACUGAUGAACAGAAGCAGAUCUACUCUCACCAUACUGCCUUUGAUUCAGUGCUCUUUCAUAUUACAGAUAGAUAGAUAGAUAGAUAGAUAGAUAGAUAGAUAGAUAGAUAGAUAGAUAGUUUAUUGAUCCCAAAAGAAAUUAGGGAAUCUAAUCUAUCUAUCUAUGGAUUCUUUAUUGUUGAUUGUAUUUGAUGUUUGCACCUAAUUUGGAUUUAUGACUGUAA